AUGGUCAGCAUGGUCAAUAUGAACAAUACUGCCCAAGAGGCACGACUGCGCUGUCGCCAAAAUCAACUCACCAAUACCGCGGGUGUUGCACCGGGAUACUUACAAGCAAACCUUCUGUCCCCCUGUCCCCUACUGGGGAUGACCGCUGUUCCGGGGGACCCAAAUUUCGUUCGACCGGCAGAGUGUAUUCGGUCCGAAGAUUUUGAUCUUCGGACAGACUUCCCCAAGUAUCGAGUAUAUUCAGCCGGAAAAUGCAUUGAGAGUCGUCGUGACUUGUUGGAUGUAUGGACCAAGGAUCAUGUGGGCUUUUUGAUUGGGUGCUCGUUCUCAUUUGAAGAUGCCCUGACAGCGGCAGGGUUGCCACCCCGUCACCAAAAGACUGGUACAAUAGUUGCAAUGUACCGAUCAAACAUUCCGUUAUUACCCGCCGGGAUAUUUACCGGUGGUCACUUUAUUGUAUCCAUGAGACCGUAUCGCUCGGAGCACAUCGAGAGAGUGAGGGAGAUCACUCGUGCCUAUUUGUCGACGCAUGGAGAGCCUGUCGCUUGGGGAUGGGAUGGUGCCAAGCAACUGGGAAUUCUUGAUGUGACAAAGCCAGACUUUGGGGAAGCGCAAACAUUUGAGGAGGGUGAAGUUCCUGUGUUCUGGGCUUGUGGAGUGACACCUCAAAUUGCAGUCGAGGCAGCAAGUGAUAAAAUUGAAGGCCUGGUCUUUGCCCAUGAACCUGGCCACAUGCUAGUCACUGAUUGGACAGCAGAAGAUUUGCAGAAACUCAAGCCGGGAAGUAUUUAG